CAGAUUAUAAUUUUUACAGCCAAGAAGUGUAAUAAUAGUUGAUAAACGUAUUUAUGAAUACAACCUUAAAAAUAUAUAUUGUAACCGUCUGUAAAAAUUAUCGAUAGUGCACAAUUUUAUCUUUUUUUUUCGAUUAAAUACUUUAAAGUUUAUUCGGAAAAACGUGAUCAAAUAACUUUUUUCAUUUGUCAAUUUUGCAGUAUUAGAAGUCAUUAAAAGUUUCGUGACUCAAUAAAAUGAUUACAGAGAAUGAAAUGCAUGAGGAUGUCCCCAAAAAAGCACUUAUAUAUAUUUGCGGAGCAUGCCAGGGAGAGAAUGAAAUGAAGCCAAAGGAUCCUAUAAGAUGCAGGGAAUGUGGUUACAGAAUAAUGUAUAAAAAAAGAACAAAACGAUUGGUCGUAUUUAAUGCCCGAUGAAUUUAUGGAAAAUUAUGUGUUCAGUAUCAGAAGAUGUAUAACAAGGAAUUUUUAUAUAUAUAAAUUCCAAUUUUGAAAAUUUGUAUUAGUGUCAGUUUAUGUAUUUUUGAAUAAAAUGAUUACUUCCUUUAAA